ACUAUACAAUUCAAAGUCAAACAGCAGAGCAGUCUCUCUUCUUCGUUCCUCAUUCUUUGCGCCUUUGGGCCUGUGUCUCGUGUAGAGAGCUGAGUAUGGAUACCAGGUCGCAAGAAUCCAAACUGAGGAACGAGAUACAAUAUCUCACUCGUCUUAUUGCUGCACACAAAGCUAUCAAAUCACUGCAGACACCAGACGAGGCACCAGCAGCUAAAGUCGUUGAGAACAAUGUAGCCAAGACCAUGUACAGGAACAAAUCAGUAGCAGCUCCAUCAUGGACUUAUCCCGGUAGCAUUAGCUCUCACUUUCCUCUCUCACUGACAGCCAGUAACAGCAAAAAGAGCUCUCUUGUCUUCCUUUCUUCUAGACCUCGUCUCUCUUCCUCCUCCUCCUCCUCCUCCUCCUCAUUUCCUUUGUCUCCAGGGAAACAAACCCCAACAAGACAAGGACUGAAUGAUAGCGUCCAAUCAAUGGAGACUAGUCUAAUUGAAGGCACUUCACCUCUGCUGCCAUCAGUAGCCAAGAAAGACCCAGAGAGGAUUGUUAUCAUAUCACAAAGAAGAGGAGAGAAGGACAACAAGACAGAGAGUGUACUAAAAGGUGUGUCACCUCCCCAGUUGCCCUCAGAAACUAAUAGAGAGCCACAAAGGACUGUCAUCAUGUCAGGACUAAAGGCAGGAAACAAGAGACUGAUAGGAGAGAGAGACAAGACAGAGAGAGUGUAUGGAGGAGGAAAAUUGAAGAAAAUGAAGUUGGCAGGUGAUUUGUUAUCAUCCCCUGGUAGCACACAGAGACGUGUUGUCUGUGAUAAUAAUAAUAAACAGUUUAAAAAUACCAAAAGACAGCAGCUCAGAAAACCAGACACUUCUAAGCUAAAAUGGACCAGGAAGGAUGAUGCAAUGUUAUCCGAUGGUGUUACAAAAACAACCAAAGCAACACGAUCCAUUCCUAUACCAUCAAUAUUGAGUCGUAAGAGGAGAAGAUCCAGCAGUAGUGGUGGUAAUGGAUCCUUUAACAAGUCACCAUUUAUUAUUAAAAGAUACCAAUUGCUAAGAGUCACAUCAGCAACUGCUAGUAACAGCUUUUCCCAAAGGCGACUACACUUCAUUACUAAGCAGUCAUCCCAUUCACCAAUCCACAGCUCGCGUUCUAAAAAACAGCGUCUCUCCUCUUCUGCUUUAGCUUCUCCUUUUACCAAAAGGAAGAGCGUUCACAGAGUGUGGGCUCCCAAUGGAGGAAAGAAGAGAAGAGCCCGUCCAUCAGGUCUUGAAGUAAAGACAAGACAGGGUAACAAGCAAUGGCUGUCGGCCGAACUAAUCAAGGAAAAGAAAAAAGAGAAAUCAAAACCGCAGCAACAAACUAAAAUGCAACAAGUUACUUGUGUUACUCCAAGGAGAGCCAAGAGAAAAGUUCAAGUUUCCAUUAAAGGGAAUUCAUAUUUAAUGUCAAAGAAUGGGAAAUCAAUGAGAAGAUUAUCAACUUCACGUAAGAAUGCCAAAGGUAUUCCUAAUAGUAAAAUACCGCACAGACCUCUUUCCAGAUCAACUACACUCAAACUGAAGAGAGCCAAUCAUGUUGUACAAAAGAAUGUGAACAGAGUUUGGUCUGCGAAGAGGAAUGGCCCUCAUAUCCUUCGCUCCCAGUACUGUCUCUAUUACAACAGAUUCGGGAGGUGUAACCGUGGGGAUCAGUGUCAGUACAUUCAUGAUCCUAAGAGGAUUGCUAUAUGCAGCAAAUUUUUAAGAGGUAAAUGUGAAAACAUUGAUGGCUCAUGUCCUUUUUCUCACAACAUUUCAAAGGAGAAAAUGCCCGUUUGUUCUUUCUUCCUUCGUGGCGUGUGUACUCGUGAUAAUUGUCCAUAUCUUCAUGUUAGCGUAGGCCCUAAUGCUGAGCUCUGUAUGGACUUUAUAAAAGGAUAUUGUCCACUUGGAGAAGAUUGCAAGAAGCAACAUACACUGACUUGUCCAGACUACUCAAGAACUGGAACCUGUCCAAGAGGUAAGAGACACUGUCCAUUGAAGCACUGGAGGAAUCCAUUGAAGCAAUACCAAACAAACCCGAACACAACGACCACCACUACACUCAGUACUACUCCCACCAGUAGCACUAGUUCUACUACUGGUGGGGUACCUGCUGUAAAGGAGCCUUAUCCUUUAAGAAGAUUAAGAUUAAGGAACCAAAGGGCUCAGUCCUCCUCCUCUUCUUCAUCUUGUACCUCUCCAACAAUCAUCACUCCAUAUCAACUGGAUUUUUUACCAUUAGAUACCAGUAAAGUUCCAGAAUUUAUUGCUCUAUGAAAUGAAUCAGAACAACAAAAACAUUAUUUAUUAUAUUAUUGUCAUUCAAUUCAGUCUUAAACCUACAACCAACCAAAAGCUACAGUCGGAUUUUAAUUUGUGCUAUAAUGAUAAUGUACUAUUUAUUUUAUUCAUUAAGUUAAAGUUUAGGGAGACUGUUGGUCAAUUUUUAAACCAGUCAACU